GUUGAGUUGGUGUUGCCGCCGUCGUCGCAGCAGCGAAAGUCAAUACACAUACAAACAUACCGAUUGAGCCUAUUCACAGCAGCAAGAGCCACAGAGAAAUAUAUAGAACAACAGAAUACAAUCGACGUGUAGGAAAGAAAAAGUUGAUCACAGCGAAGCGAGUGCAGCCUAAUUGAAUUUACUUUUCGGAAUUUUUUUCGGUUUUUUAUCAGUGCAUGAAGUGGUAGUUAUCCUAAGUGUAGCCGCCCAACAACUCAAGUGAUAGCUACCAAUAUUCGUGUCAAUUGUCUUGAUUUCGGAUUGUUCACAUUCAGUUGAUUUUUGGGGUUGAAGCGAGAGACAGGUCGAGAUUGAAAACGAGUCACGGUUCACGGUUAAAUUCACUCGUUUAGCUCAGUUUCUAGCGUGUAUGCCACGGAAUUGAAUUGAAAUAGUUGUGAAGUGGUUUUACGAGUGAAAUAAAUCAUUUUUUUGGCAUUUCAAAGUAUUUGCUUCGAUAGAAUCGAAACAAUUGAAAAACGUGUAAACGAAAGAGAGAGAGAGAGAGAGAGAGAGAGAGAGAGAGAGAAAGCCAAACAUAAUGAGCAGUAGUCGUAAAGAGAGUGAGCGUGUAAAAUUCGUACAAGAAAAAUGUCAAAGUCUAUUGACAUUAAUGCUACGCGAUGAAGACAAUAAAUACUGUGUGGAUUGUGAUGCAAAAGGUCCUAGAUGGGCAUCAUGGAAUUUAGGUGUGUUUUUGUGUAUUCGCUGCGCAGGGAUUCAUCGUAAUUUAGGCGUGCAUAUAUCGCGUGUAAAAUCGGUCAACUUAGAUACAUGGACGCCAGAACAGGUGGUUUCACUGCAGCAGAUGGGCAAUUCACGUGCUCGUGCUGUGUACGAAGCCCAAAUGCCGGACGGCUUCCGACGGCCACAAACCGAUUCAGCGUUAGAAACGUUCAUUCGAGCUAAAUAUGAGGCAAAGAAAUAUGUGGCACGUGAAUGGGUACAACCACCACCAGUUAAAGUCAAUUGGGACAAAGAGAUCGACGAAGAAAUGGAAAAACAAAAGCGUAAAAAGAAGGGUUUGCCGAUUACAACAGCCACAAAUGGAAAAUCAACGGAUACACCGAAAACAACACCGUCAUUCAAAUCGACUCCAAUCCCUGCACCUUUGCCCAAACCAACGACGAAUUCAAGCAGCCCGAAAACAUCAUCACGUUCUACCCCGAACAGUACACCCGCUGUAGCAGCUGAGAAGCCAGUCGAUACAAAAUCCUAUAGUUCCGAUUUGCUUGGUUUGUCAACACCUGUGAAUGGACCACCCAGCGAGCCAAAACCCGCCACUGACAAUUCCAACGAUAUUUUUGGCUAUUUCAUGAGCGAAAGUGCGACAAAUGGAAAAACCGCCACUACCAUCACCGCAGCCACAUCUGCAGUGCCAUCGACGAAUAUUAACCCAACGAAAGUAGAGCCAACGUUAGCUCAACAAGAGCAUGAUUUCUUCAAUCAGGUUCCGAAUGAAAAGGAAAAGGCCAAAAUGACCAAGGACAGUAUUUUAGCAUUGUACGGAGCUGCACCGAGCGGUGGUAUGGGUGCAGGCGGUGCCAUGUCGACAAAUAAUCAGUUUAUGCCCGGAAUGCCAGCGAUGAAUGUUGACAAUGGAUCUCUGUUCGGUAUGCAGAUGCCAGCGUAUCAACAACAGCCAGCCUUUGGAAUGGCAAAUCCCCCACCAGUCAGUGGUUUGAAUAAUUUCGCACAAUUUGGAAUGAUGCAACAAAGCCAACCGAUGAAUUUCCAACAACCAAACUCAAUCAAUUCCAUGCCGAAUCAAUCAAUGGGCUUCGCUAAUGUACCUCAAGUCAAUCCGACGCUGCAAUCAUUCAAUCAAGCGAAUGCGACCAAAACUAAUUCAUUUUCAACUGCAAACCAUUCGCCAAAUGUUAACAAUGUCAACCAACAAUUCGGCACCUUAAAUUUGGGCAAUGUUUGGCAAUAAUUUUUCAGUUUUUUUUCGUGAUUGAGUCCAAUUGAAAACUUUCGAGAGAAAAAAAUGUUUCCAUUUUGAAUGUGAAAUUACAGUUAGAGAAUGAGUAACAAAAAAAAAUAACGUUAGAACAGUAUACAAAAAGAGAAGACAGAAACUGAUUACUGUUGAAUUGAGUUAAAUGAUGUCGAUGUACGAAUUUAUGAGACGAUAAAUCGGAAAGACAAGUAAACAGAAAACAAAAAAACAUGUUGUGAAUGGUGCAAUUUUAAGUAUAUGUUUGAAUUAUUUUCGUAGCGAGCACUUUUGAGGGAAAACAAAGUCAAGCGAUUUUCUUUAUUAUUUCCCCCAAAUUUCAUUUCGUUAUCUGGUGGAAUAGUUCCAAUUGAUUUCUAAGCUUUAAUUGAUUUGGUGAACAGUGGUUGUGUCCUGAAAGAAGGGAAAAACAAAGAAGUCGCAAACAUCAUAAAUUCUGGAACCAACAUUUUAGAUCAUUUUCAUCGUAAAAGUAAAAAAAGAGUAUUUUCCUAAUAGUCAUGUGAAUCAAAAAACCAUUCUCUAUUCCAUCUUGGUGCUUAGGUCUCAUUAUGUCAAUUGAAGUGGACCAUGUGAUUGAAUUUUACCUUCACUAAAAAAAAUCGAUUAAAUGUUUUCCUAUCAAAACAACAACUUCCAACCAAUUUAAUCGACAAAUAGUUUUAAACUUGUCUAAACCAUUUGAAAAUCAUAUACGAACCUAGAACCCCUCCCCUGAACCUGAUAAACAAACAUAAUCUAAACUUUUGAAGAAUACAUUUAAAUCAUAUUCUAUCUAUCUCUAUUCUGAACAUGUAAAUACUUAUUUUCCUACAGUUAUUACAAACAACAACCUGGCUACAUAUUUCACCUUUUAUCUAAACGUUUCACGUUUAUCUAAGAUGUAGUUUAGCUAUUCUUUGUGCUAUAUAUUUAAAAACAAGACAAAAUAAAACUAGAUCAGGAAAAUGGAAAAACAGGAAAAAAUUAUCGUGUGAACAGUGUAUUUAAAAGAAGAAGAAAAAAAAAGUAACAAGAAAUUGUAUCAGCGGUUUGUGUUGUUAUUCGAUGGUCAAGUAAAACUGUGUUCAGGUAAAAAAACAAAAAAAAAUUCAAUGCAAACCAACAAUUAGAUAGUAGAAAUUGCUACUUUCGAAUCACCAGCAAACGACAAGGAACGAAAGUUGGUGAAUGUUCAAAAGUAGAUAACGACUUUGGUUUGAAUGGUUUUUUUUUGUAAUUCGUUAUAUGAAUCAUUUCUAUAUGAUAAAACAAAAAAAAUACAUUUCGAGAUAAUUCCGGGCCCAACAUUUUUGAAGCUCAGGCGAAAUAAAUAUCACGGACACAUCUGUUUAAUUUUUUUCUCAAACAUUUAAUUAUGAUUUCGACAUGAUUUACUGUGAAUUGUUUAUUUUGUAAACAUAAGACUAUAAGUUUAGACUAAAUAUUCUACCGAAAAAAAAAAACAAAAACAAUUAUUAUUAUAUAGCUGUGGUGAGUGAAAUCACGUGCACAACAUAAAAUGGCAAAACGUAAAACAUCGCAAAUUGAGACUAAAUUAGUUUCUGCUUUAUUUUUUUCUGUUAACAUUUCUUUUCGUGAGACUUCUUUUUACCGAACAUCGUUUCAUUUUUAAGCGCAAUAAUCAGUUCCAUCCAACGUUUAGACAAAUAUUUGAAUUUUCUUUUCAGUUUUUUUCGCGGAAUAUUUUUUUUUUUACUUUUUUGUACACACCCAAUCAAAGAUUGAUUUUUUUUAGCGAUUGAAUUUCUAAACGAAUCACAUUUAGAGGAAACGAACCUUUUAUUUAAAACGUGUUGGACGUUAAUUGUUAAGUAAAUUAUAUUGCACUUUAUGUAUGAACUUACUGAAUAAAAAAAAUAUUUGAACGAAACAAA